CGCAUUUCCUCUUCCUCAAAUUCGUUCACUCUCUCCCGCGCGCCGAGCCGGCAUCGUCGGAAAUUGGGUCUUUCGCAUGCAAGCAAGCACACUCACUCUCACGACGCGCCUUCUAGAAGUCUCACCUUUCUCACUUUUUAAUUCUACGUCGCGCGCGUGUGUCCUUGUACCCCGCCUGCCAGUUGCGGCGCAGCGGUACAUAACAUCGCCCGCAGCUUCGCGCUCACUUCUCACGUUUCUGUACUACGACAGCGUCCUUUGUUCCCGUCUUAAAUCCCCAUCUUCCUUCUCUAUCAAACCCUAAUGCGCCAUGCCCGCCCCUUCAACCCCCUCCUCAAACCGGUGGACCCUAUCUUGGACAAGCUCCUCCCCACCCCCCAAGCCCCUCCCAGCGGGUAUCAGGCGCUCUUUCAUCACCACCCCCUCCGGCCCCCUCGAGCUCCUCAGCGCAACCCCCGACCCCACGCGCCCCCGCAUCGCCCAAUUCCCCAUCCUCGAAUCGCCCAUCCUCUUCGUCCACGGCGGAUUCGGAUGCGCCUCCGUCUUUCUUCCCUGGCUCACCCUCCUCGCUAAUCAUGGGUAUAACGUCCACGCCCUCAGCAUCCGCGGACACGGCCACUCAUGGACACCCGGGUUCCUCCGCAUGGCUUUACUGACUACCGCUUACGCCCUCGCUACAGACAUUCGCGCUGGAAUCUCGCAUCUUGAGACGCUGUUCAGCGCGCGCGGCGAGGUCGUGUUGGUAGGCCAUAGCGCAGGCGGAGGGCUCGUGCAGAUCGUAUGCGACCAGGAGCUGGCGCGUGUGCAGGCCCUGGCGUUGUUGGCUGGGACGCCGAGUUUUGGAGCUGAUCAUGUGUACCGCGCGUGGUGGACGUUAGAUCCGCUAUUCUUACCCCGGAUGUUCCUUCGGGACUGGCUGCAUCCGCGAUCGCCGCUUUCGUCGAGCGAGCUGGUCAAGGCGGCGUUCUUUUGUCCGUCGUUCCCGAUUGAUUGGGUGAAGCCGUUUGAGAAGCUCAUGUCUGAGUAUGAGAGCUUGAGGUGGCCUAUUAGUACGAUGUGGCGCGGAUAUGUGGAUCCGAGGCGGGUGCUGUUGGGGUGCGGUAUGAGGCUGUUUGUGUUGGCGGCGGAGCUGGAUCAGUUAAUGAGGAUGGAGUUAAUGGAGAAGACGACGGCGGAGUAUGCUGGGGCGCUGAAACAGAUAGGGAAGGAUGGGUAUGAUAUUAGAAGGGGGGAGGUGGAGUUUGCGUCUGUGGAGGGGAGCGGUCAUCACUUAAUGAAUGAUCUGCAGUUUGAAGACGCCGCAAGGAUAUUUGAGGACUGGUUGGAAAAGUUGAAUGAUGACGAGUAACGAUCAAUGGAAAAGUGCUGGGAUAACGGUGUCCGGUCUGGGAGGCCUCUUGUAAUGUUGCUGGCACAACUUUGGGGUUUUUGGAAUAAUAUUCUCGUCAUCGAGACGGACAACUCAAGAGCACAAGAGCACAUGCCGUUUAUGUCAUGCAGUUGUGCAUAACACUAGCUGUACCUUGAACCAUGCAUCUUAAGCAAUUGAUAAAGAAAUAUAUAUUUUGUUCUUUCUGGGG